UCACUCUGUAACAGUGCCAAUUCAAUUAACUAAUAAGCGGAGGAGACAAAAUAGGGUGGCUUAUGAAGCAAAGGUCAAAUUCCGUUCCAUUGACGUCUCUCUGCGUUUAAAUAAAUGCAAUCUUCUUCUGCCAAUGUUUGAUUAUGGAGAACGAAGUUUCAGCAGCCCCUUUGGUGUCCUCCAAGAAGAGUAUUAAUAAGCUUUCCUCUUUUUUCACCCAAGACAUUGAGUUGAAGAGCUUCCGACUCUGCCUCAACUGUGUAUGCCUUGAUCAAUCCAACAUCUGGAGGGCUGCUCUCUCAUGGUCCAUCUUCUUCCUUCUGGCCAUCGGCGUUCCUCUCAUCUCCCAUUUCUUGCUUCUGUGCGCUGAUUGUGAUUCCAAGCAUCAGAGGCCUUACGACGCCGUCGUUCAAUUGUCUCUUUCCACUUUUGCUAUCAUUUCUUUCUUCACUCUCUCUUCUUGGUCUCACAAGUAUGGUUUUGAUAAGUUCCUCUUCCUCGACAAAUUACAACAUGAAGACCACACCAUCAGCCGACGUUACAAACAACAGCUCCAGAAAUCCAUGAUGUUGCUUUGCAAUUUUGUUCUGCCCUGCUUUGCUGUUGAGAGCGCAUACCGCAUAUGGUGGUACGUCACCGGAACCACCCAGAUACCCUACUUCAAGAACGAAUUUCUCAGUGAUACCGUUGUAUGCAUAUUGCAGCUGUCCUCCUGGGUUUAUCGACUCUCAAUUUACAUCUUUGUCUGCAUUAUCUACCGAUUGAUUUGCUUUUUGCAAAUACUUAGACUUGAGGAUUUUGCUCAAGUAUUUCAAAAGGAAAGUGAUGUCUCUUCAAUCUUGAAGGAGCACCUCAGGAUCAGAAGAAAUCUCCGUGUCAUUAGCCAUCGCUUUCGAAGGUUCAUCUUCCUGUCUCUUAUAUUGGUAACUGCCAGUCAGUUGAUGUCCUUGCUUGUCACCACCCGUUCUAGUGCUAAUAACAACAUUUUUGAGGCCGGAGAACUACUGUUGUGCUCCAUUAACCUGGUAACAGGGCUCCUCAUAUGCCUGAGAAGUGCAGCAAAGGUCACCCACAAAGCACAGUCCAUCACAAGCCUUGCUGCCAAGUGGCAUGUUGGUGCCACAAUCAACUCUUAUGAUGAUAUGGAGGGGGAGACACCAACAAAUCAGAGUGCUUGUAGUGGGCAAGUGGACAUUGAUUGGGUUUUGGAUGAUGAAGAUGACGAUAGAGAUGAGGAUCUGGACAGCAGCAUCAAAAUGGUGUUUUUUGCACAAACAAUCUCAGUCCAAAAGAGGCAGGCCUUAGUGACAUAUAUGGAAAACAAUAAGGCAGGAAUGACGUUGUACGGGUCCAUGAUGGACAGAACAUGGCUUCACACUAUAUUUGGGGUUGAGUUGGCGCUGCUGCUCUGGUUUCUUAACAAGACGAUAAUGAACUGGACGUAAAAGUGUGUCAACUCCAACUACACUUCGGCUGUAUGAGCUCUAAUCUAUUGCAUAUAUGGGUGUUGCGCACUUCUAUUAAGCAUGUGUACAGUUGAUUGAGCAUAUCACAAGGAAGAAGGAGACGCGUUCACAGUUUGUAUAAUGUUUCCCAGCAUUUGAAGUGGCCAUGGUAAUUGGUAUUGGUACCCAUUUCAUGCAAAAUCGUCUCGUAUAUUUUUGGUUUUGACUUGGCAAGCAGUAAUGUGUGUAUUUAUAUAUGUUUUUUUUUUUCGAAAUAAGAAUGCGCCAGCUCUUCCUUUCGACAUCAUUUCCUAGUAUUAUCACAAUAUAUAUGUGUAAACAAUGAGAAUAAUGUAACAAACAAAGAGUAUUAACUUGAAAAUGUAUGAAAGAGAUGAUUUUUAUA